AUGGCGUCUAAUCUUUGCCCGGUGGACAGUGAUAAUCUAUUCAAAAUUAGAGUAAAUAUCAAUUGUCGAGAAUUUGAUUUUACUUUGCUCUUUGAACAAGCCAUCUUCAGUGUUCUGCCAUCGAUUACUUUGUUACUAUGGCUCAUCCCCCGACUCGCGAUUUUGCAACGCUCACGGAUCAAGUCAAAAUCGUUUAAACUUGCUAUUUACAAAUCGUUGCUAUUGUUUCUCCUUUUUGUGCUGCAAAUCAUCCUUACAGUGUACCAAGUGCAAAUCAAAGAUUUACAUACCAAGGUCUCUAUCCCAGAAGCGGCGUUUAACUUAGCCGCAACACUUGCAGCAAUUAUUCUGUCAUUUCUUGAGGAUCAAAGAACAAUCCAGCCGUCGGAUACACUCAUCGUGUAUUUUUCGGCCUUGUCCAUUCUCUACAUACCAUACUUGCGGACUUUAUGGCUCAUCCCCUCAAUCCCUAUUCCCCGAGGACUGUCCACUGCGAUCUAUAUCAUUAUUGUUCUUAUUACUAUCUUGGAGUCGACUCGAAAAGUCAAUUCUCUCCAACCGCUCUACAAGAACGUUUCAAUCGAAAUGAUCCAUGGCUUUUGGGGACGCAACCUCUUCGUAUGGGUUCUCCCGCUAUUCAGGAACGCUUAUACCUUCAUUAUCUCUCUAGAAGAUCUGCCGGAUGUUGAUUCCACGUUGCUAGGAGAUUGUGCAGAGGCACGUCUGGCACAGACUUGGUCCAAAUCACACGGCAAAUAUCGGCUGAUUAAAGCGACCUUUCGAGCAUACUACCGGCCCCUUCUCUCUGCAAUCAUCCCCCGUAUUUUACUAGCGGGGUUCACCUUUUGCCAGCCCUUUCUGUUGUCGGCCACCAUUAAUUGGAUGACUGAUCCGACGACGGCGGAGACUCAGCGUUAUGGACAUGCGUUAGUCGGAGCAUAUGCGCUCGUUUAUACUGGUGUCGCCAUCUCAACGGCGAUAUACUAUCGCGAGGCUAGUCGUCUCGCAACCGCCGUCCGUUCAGGCCUGAUUGCUAUGGUCCAUGAACAGACACUGGCACUGCAAAGUACGACGGACUCCAAAGCAGGAGAUGCGGUCGCCUUGAUGGGAACAGACACAUCGCGUAUCAUGUCGAGUAUGCGGUCACUACAUGAGAUUUGGGCAUCUCUCCUCUCGAUUGUGAUUGCUAUCUAUCUCUUAGAGAUACAAGUGUAUGUCGCAUGCGUACUCCCAGCUGCCAUUGCCGUGGUAUGCAUUCUUGCAACUACCCCGGUAUCCGCUAAAUGUGGAGAGGCGCAGAAGAAAUGGGUGGGGCAUAUACAGGAACGUUUGGCGGUUACUACCGCGAUGCUUGCGGAUAUCAAAGCUGUCAAGAUGCUGGGACUGGAAGCUAUCUUGUUUGAUAUGAUUACUCAGUAUCGAAAGGUUGAGCUCAGCGCCUCGAAACGAUACCGAAAGCUUAUUGUGGGAAUCGUCAUGCUAUCAUCCAUUUCGGUGGACCUUGCACCAUAUGCGGUCUUUCUAUUAUACUCGGUUAUAGCUGUGGUCAAGCAUGAUACACAGAUUCUUACCACACAGGCAUUCACGACAAUAUCUCUCAUCUCCAUUCUAACAAGUCCUCUGAUGUCGUUCAUCCAGUCACUCCCCACAAUAACACAGUCUAUUGGCUGCUUCGAUAGGAUUCAGAACUAUUGUCUGCGAGAAAGGUCAAGCGAGUUUUGCCUGGCACAAACCAACUCUAAGCUGCAGAAAGACAAUAUCGAACUUUCCGAAGUUUCUGUGGCUGUCAAAUCCCCUGGGACAUUGAUUGCGUGUGACAAGUUCUUAUCAUUCCAAAAUGCAUCCAUAUCCUGGAAAACAGAAAGUGCCGUCGUUCUCCACGAUCUAACAUUCUCCAUUCCCUCGGGUAAGAUCAUUAUGGUCGUGGGCUCGGUUGGAUGUGGAAAGUCGACCCUUCUGGAAACCAUAAUGGGCCAAACUAAAAUUGGAAGUGGCACUAUGCAUCUUGCAUCAUCAGAUGUAGCUUACUGUCCGCAGAGUCCUUGGAUUAUGAAUGCUUCCAUCCAAGAUAACAUCACCGGGUGGUCAGAAUUGGACGAGAAGUGGUACGAUGUUAGCAUCUCCGCAUGUGAAUUAGCCAGCGAUAUCGGCAAAUUUCCUAAGGGAAGCAUGCACAUGGCUGGGAGUGGUGGAAUCUCUCUCAGUGGAGGACAGAAACAGCGAGUGGCUCUUGCGCGCGCGGUAUACUCUCGACUCCCCAAUGUGGUCCUAGAUGAUACCUUUAGUGGGCUAGACUCGCAAAAUACUCACCUAGUAGGUGAGAAUCUGUUUGGUCGAAAUGGGAUUUUCCGACGGGCAGGAACAACUGUGAUUCUUGCAACUCAUACCCGAUCACUUCUCCCGUAUGCUGACGAAGUUAUUCUGCUCGAAAAUGGCCGCAAGGCUCUCCAAUGCACGUACCAGGAAUUGAUCGACCAGAGACCCGAGUAUACACAGUCUCCUCUUGACGAGAAUCUUGAUAGAAUCGACGAAAAAGAUGACUUAUGCGACCAAGUCUCGGAUGAAACAGCAGAAACCAAGUUACUCUCCAGACAACCAAGUAGCGAAGAUGGUGAUUCCGAUUCCAUCUUGUUGAAACAAAACCUGAAAAGGCGAAAUGGUAGCUGGUCCAUCUAUGGCUAUUACGCACGCAAAGCAGGGUUUCUACAAGUUGGUCUUUUUACUACGUUCUUACUCGCGUACGGCUUCACAACUCAAUUUUCCUCAAUUUGGUUAGAAUGGUGGUCUGAUGCGAAUGAGAGAGACCCAAAUUCGGAUCUCGGAAAAUACCUCGGAGUUUAUACAGUCAUUACUCUAUUGGCGCUUCUUUCUCUGGCUGCCGGCUGCUGGAUGCUGAUUAUCGAGAUCGUUGGUAACACCUCCCUUGCUCUGCAUUCAGAUCUAUUACAAUCUGUUCUGAGUGCACCAUUCAGCCUCUUCCAGAAAACCGAUAGCGGAUCUAUCAUGAACCGCUUUAGUCAAGAUAUGCAGCUCAUCGACUUUGAGCUCCCGGUCACUGCAUUGAAUUUCGUGGAAGCCCUCAGUCUCUGCAUAGUGAGCUUGGUGAUUCUCUGUGUGGUUGGCAAAUACAUCACAAUUACGCUCCCAUUCAUGCUACUCGCGAUCUGGGUUCUGCAGCAUGGCUAUCUUCGAACAUCUCGUCAAGUCCGUCUAUUGGACAUCGAAGCUAAGGCACUUCUAUUCUCCCAGUUCCAAGAGACCAUUAGCGGCCUUUUGGUUAUUCAAAGCAUGCGAUGGCAGCCACAGUUCCACAGGCAAUGUCUUUCCAAACUGGACGUGACCCAGAAGCCGUUCUAUAUGCUAUUCUGCAUAAAGCAAGGCCUUAAGUUGAUGCUGGAUCUGAUAGUCAUGCUCUUUGCGGUUAUCCUUGUCGCCAUCGUGACCUCGCUGAAGGAUCAGUUUAGUGCCGGUGAGAUCGGUGUGGCCUUGACUCUGAUAAUUUCUAUCAGUCAGAAUCUGAACACGGCCAUCGAGUCUUGGACCCAAAUGGAGAUCUCACUUGGGGCGGUGGCGCGUGUACACGAAUUCACAACUGAGACGCCCACCGAGGCAUCAAAAGGGUUAGAUGCAGGUUGGCUAACGCGCGCAGAGAUUCGCUUCGAUAAUGUGAAUGCAAGCUAUGGUCCACACGACGCUCCCAUUCUCUCAGAUCUCUCAAUCCAUAUCCCUUCUGGGCAUAAGGUUGCCGUCUGUGGUCCUUCCGGUAGCGGCAAAACGUCCCUUAUCAUGGCUCUCUUGCGAAUGCUCGAAGUUUCCAAUGGUCGCAUCACUAUCGAUGGUGUGAAUAUAUCUACCAUACGCUCUGCCGCCCUUCGCACACAGAUUACCGUUAUCCCGCAAGACCCCUUCUUUCUUCCCGGUACACUACGCGAUAGCUUCAAUCCCACAGGCGGGUUGUCAGACGAGCAGAUUGUUGCAGCAAUUCAGAAAGUGGGUCUCUGGGAUUCGAUCAGUGGAAAGGGAGGCCUAGAUGCGACUCUCGAUGCGCUGGAUUGGUCAUACGGCGAGAAGCAGCUGUUGGCGUUGGCCCGGGCCUUGACCACCCCAAGUCCGCUCCUCAUAUUGGACGAAGCGACUAGUAAUGUUGACUGGGAAACCGAAGCCCGAAUGUUGAAGAUCAUCGAGCAGGAGUGCGCGGGACAGACGGUCAUAGCGGUCGUGCAUAGAUUGCGGCAUAUCGGGCGUUUCGAUAGCGUGGCACUUCUAUCACAGGGGACAGUGGUGGAGUUCGAUACUCCCGAGGCCUUGUUAGGGCGUGAGUCAGAAUUUCGUAAGCUGUAUACUGCCUCGCAGAAAUGA